AUGAGAAUCAGCAACUUGAUCAUGGCCGCCAGCGCUGCUGGUCUGGUCAACGCUCUGCCCGUACGCGAGGUGGCCAAAAAACGCUCCUCUGGAUUUACCUGGGUCGGUGUCAACGAAUCUGGUGCCGAGUUCGGUAGCAGCAUCCCCGGAAAGCUGGGUACCGACUACACAUGGCCCGAUACCUCGAAGAUUCAGACUCUGCGCGAUGCGGGUAUGAACAUCUUCCGUGUUCCGUUUUUGAUGGAGCGUCUGGUGCCCAGCUCUAUGACUGGUACUCCGGAUGCCACCUACCUGAGCGACCUGAAGAAUACCGUCAAAUUCAUUACUGACAGUGGUGCUUAUGCCAUUCUUGAUCCUCAUAACUAUGGAAGAUACUCUGGAAGUAUCAUUUCCUCUACUUCUGACUUCCAGACAUUCUGGAAGACCGUCGCUAGCGAAUUUGCCUCCAAUGACAAGGUCAUCUUCGAUACCAACAAUGAAUACCAUGACAUGGACCAGACUCUGGUGCUCAAUUUGAACCAGGCCGCCAUCAAUGGUAUCCGUGCUGCCGGUGCCACAACGCAAUACAUCUUCGUUGAGGGUAACCACUACAGUGGCGCCUGGACCUGGACUGACAACAAUGACAACCUUAAGGGUCUGAAGGAUCCUCAGGAUAAGAUCGUCUUUGAGAUGCACCAGUACCUUGACUCGGACGGUUCUGGUACCUCUGAGUCCUGUGUUAGCUCCACUAUCGGCCAGGAGCGUGUGCAGUCUGCCACUCAGUGGCUGAAGGACAAUAGCCUCAAAGGAUUCCUUGGAGAGUUCGCCGGUGGUGUCAACUCCCAGUGCGAGACCGCUGUUGAGGGUCUUCUCUCUUACAUGUCCGAGAACAGCGACGUCUGGCUCGGUGCUGAGUGGUGGUCUGCCGGUCCCUGGUGGGGAACUUACAUGUACAGUCUCGAGCCUACUAGCGGUCCUGCCUACUCAACCUACCUUCCCAUUCUGAAGAAGUACUUUGUGAGCGGCACCGGCUCUUCAUCCUCCUCUUCCUCGACCACCGGCUCUUCUUCCUCAGCCUCCUCGACCACUAGCUCUUCUUCCUCUUCCUCGACCACCAGCUCUUCUACCUCUGUGACCCAGCCAACCACUACUGCCCCUACUCAGGUUCAGGUCGUCGCCACUUCUUCCCCCUCCUCUACUCCUACUCCGUCCUCUGUGCCUGCAGCCGAGGUUCCCGCUCCCGCUCCUACUGAGGCUGCUCAGCCCUCCAGUGCUGCUCCCAGCACCCCAACGACCGCCGCUGCUUCGACUCCUACUUCUAGCUCUGGUUCCGUUUGCAAUGCCUCCGAGCCUGCCGCCAACAGCUCUGCCUCUGGCGUCGCCAAGCACUGGUACCAGUGCGGUGGAAUCAACUGGACCGGCCCUACAACCUGCGAGAGCGGCUACACCUGUGUUAAGCAGAACGCUUACUACCACCAGUGUGUUUAA